GCGGUGUUGCGCGAGGUGGUGCCGCUCCUCCCGAGGCGUCGCCGGUUCCGGAGCUGUGGUGCCGCUGUGUCGGCGUGAGUUCGCCGCUGGGGCUGGAGAGCGGUUCCGGCGCGCUCGGCCUCGCUGGCAGCCAAAUUCGAUGGGCCGCGGCCGGCCGCCGGCGGCAUGAGUGUGGUGCGGUGAUGACCGCGGGAAGGCCGAGGCAUCACCAAGGGGACCGCCUGGCCGACGGAAGCCCUCAGGCGUGUGUGACGGUCACGAGGUCACGAGAACGGGUCGGAGCCGUCGGCGAUGCAGGAGCGCAGCGUACAUGGCAGCGGCAGCGAUGACCUGAGAAUGCUGGAGCCGCUGUAUCCGGAGAGGCACUACGACCUGGUGGUGCGGCCGACGGCGGGGGCCGGCGACGACCCGGCCUGCGACUGCGCUGGCCCGCCGCCGCCCCAGUUCCUGCUGCCGCCGCCGCCCGUCGACCCGGCCUGGGCCGCCGCCGACGCCGACGUCUGUGAUAUCGUAGCUCCGUAUCAAAUCUGCAGCGGCCUUACCGGGGUGCCUCCCGGCGCGGACCUGCAAGGCUCGCCGUCCAUGUCCAUGCUGGCAGCUCUCAUCACUACCUCGCUUUUUCUAUUCAUUGUUCUGGUGUCUGGAACAAUAUUCUUCUGCAAACACCGGCGCAGACUAAGCGGCAUCAUGUCAGCCAAGGGCGCGGGAAAGCGCGGUGACAACUCCAGGAUGUUGUACGACGACCUGUCGCUGCGCCCGCACGUCAUGCCCAACAACCUAAGGCCGAGCGGACCGCACAUCGAGAUGGUGGCCGUGAAGGGACAGUGUCCGCAGCUGCUGCCGAGCCGGCCCACCGGCACCCUGUUCGUGUACCCCCCGCCGCCGUCCCUCACCGACGACGGCUCCGAGCGGCUGUCCAACAUGUACGAGGAGAUACCCUACUACGGCCGACCGGCGCCGUCCGUGUCCUACUGCUCCGACUCGGACGAGGAGGAGCUGAGCCGACCCUCCGACGACGACCGGCGGCCGCACCCCUACAUCCCCGUCGGCAGCGACGACGGCGGCGACGCGCGGUACGACCCCUACUACUACUCGGACAUUCUGGCGAGGGAGGCCGGCAGCCCCGAUGGCCCGGGCGGCGACGGUCCUUACGGCCCGCUGGCCCACCGGCUCAUGCUGGACCCGUUCAUGGACGUGUACCCCGGCGACGGCGAGAGACUGCGCCCCCGGCAUAAGCUGAGCUCGUUCAGAAGUGGCGGCGGCGGGGCGCCGCGCGCGCAGGCGGCUUCAGAUACGAGCCGGAUGUACGUGAACGCGCCCGACGGCAGUGUGCAGGUGAACAGUGACGGCAGGGACGAGGAGGUGCGAUAUUAUCCGGAGCCACAGUGGGGUUAG